AGGGCUCCUCGGGACGUGGCCAGGCUGUGGCGUGUGGAUCCCCAGAAAAGGACAACGCAGGGGUGGCCGCCACCUUCCGCCUGCUGCCACGUGCCCACGGUAACGCUCAGGAGGAGCGAGAGGGCAAAGAGCGGUGGUUCAAAGGAGUGGCAGAAGGGGACGUGGGGGGAAAGGUGGCCACGCUCCAGCUGCAGAAGCCAGGUACCUGCUGCAUGGAGGAAGCCACUGACUGCCACAGCCCUCCCCAUGCCCUCCCCUGAGGCCACCGUGGCACGGUGACACCGUGGCUCUCUGGGUGCAGCGUCGGGGGCAGCAGCUGCUGCCACGCAGUGUGACAAUUUCGACAGCGCCAUCAACCACCCAACAGCACCUGCAGCUGGGAGACCUGGCACCGAGACAGCAGGCUCCUGGGUGACACGGGAUGAGUGCGCCGGCCGACGAGCCGGGCAACCCGGCCCAUGCCAUCUUUGAGAGGUUCCUGCGUGCCGGGGAGUGCCGGGAGGUGCUGGGCUGCUUCGUGGAGCUGUGCCAGCAGCUGGGGCUGCAGGGCACUGGGCUGCAGCUCUACCACGGCCUCAAGGCUGCCCUCAACUACUGGAAUGCCAAGGCCCUGUGGAGCAAGCUGGAUAAGAAAGCUGGGCACAAGGACUACGACCAGGGCACAGCCUGUGCUGGCACCAAGUGCCUGGUGGUGGGCGCUGGCCCCUGCGGGCUGCGGGCGGCCAUCGAGCUGGCGCUGCUGGGUGCCCGCGUGGUGCUGCUGGAGAAGCGCGACUCCUUCUCCCGCAACAACGUCCUGCACCUCUGGCCCUUCACCAUCCACGACCUGCGGGCGCUGGGCGCCAAGAAGUUCUACGGGCGCUUCUGCACCGGCACGCUGGACCACAUCAGUAUCCGGCAGCUCCAGCUGAUCCUGCUGAAGGUGGCUUUGCUCCUGGGGGUGGAGGUGCACAUCAACGUGCGGUUCGAGGGCCUCGUUCCCCCCACCGGCAAGGCAGGUGGCUGGCAGGCUGUGCUGCAGCCCAGCUCCUCUCCCCUCACCCAGUACGAGUUCGACGUCCUCAUCUCAGCUGGCGGUGGCAAAUUUGUCCCUGAAGGGUUCAAGCGGAAGGAGACGCGUGGGAAGCUGGCCAUCGGCAUCACCACCAACUUCAUCAACCGCCACAGCCGGGCUGAGGUGGAGGUGGCUGAGAUCAGCGGCGUGGCUCGAAUCUACAACCAGAAGUUCUUCCAGAACCUCUACAACAAAACGGGCAUUGACCUGGAAAACAUCGUGUACUACAAGGAUGACACUCACUAUUUUGUCAUGACGGCCAAGAAGCAGAGCCUGCUCGAGAAGGGGGUCAUCCUCCAGGACAAAGCGGACAUCGAGAGCCUCCUGUCCCCCAAGAACGUGAACCGGGACGCCCUCCUUAGCUAUGCCAAAGAAGCUGCCAACUUCUCCACCAACUACUGCCUGCCCGAGCUGGAGUUUGCCCUCAACCAUCAGGACCUGCCAGAUGUUGACGUGUUCGACUUCACCUGCAUGACGCGCUCGGAGAACGCGGCGCUGGUGCGGGAGCACAACGGGAGCCGUCUGCUCCUGGGGCUGGUGGGCGACUGCUUGGUGGAGCCCUUCUGGCCGCUGGGCACCGGCGUGGCCAGGGGCUUCCUCGCCGCCUUCGACGCAGCGUGGAUGGUGCGGCGGUGGGCGGCUGGGACGCCCCCGCUGGAGGUGCUGGCCGAGAGGGAGAGCAUCUACCAGCACCUUUCGCAGACGUCCCCCGACAACACCAACAAGAACAUCAGUCAGUACAGCAUCGACCCGGCCACGCGCUACCCCAACAUCAACCUGCAGGCCAUCAAAGCCAGCCAGGUCAGGGAUCUCUACCUCGUGGGCACGGUGGAGGUGGACCACAAGAGGAGGAGCGACAACCGGCUCAGCAUGGCAGCCCCUGGAGCUGUCUGUGAAGAGCUGCUGAGCUGGUGCCAGGCCAGCACGGCUGGAUACCCUGGCGUGGCUGUGACCAACUUCAGCACCUCCUGGACCAGUGGCUUGGCCCUCUGCGCCCUCAUCCACCACUUCCGCCCGGACCUGGUGGACUUCGACUCUGUGGACCCCCAGGAUCCCGUUCAGAUCCACCAGGCUAUGCUGGACAUAGCAGAGCAGGAGCUGGGCAUCCAGCCUGUCCUCUCCAGUGCCGAGAUGGCCACCAUGACAGGGCCUGACCACCUGGACCUCAUCACCUACCUCAGCCACUUCUAUCAAGUUUUCAGCACCUCUCCAGAGGUGGAGGUCAGCGAGAGGUCAGCACCGUCUCCCCGUGGCACGCGAGGGGCCAUCCUCUUCCUCAGCAAGCUGCAGAAGAGCCGGAACCUGGCACACAAACGUGCCCAGGACGGUGCCCAGAAGGACACUGAGACCAAGAGGAGCCGCAGGGACGCCGAGCUGGACACGGGGCUGGAUGGAGACGCUCCGGACAGCGCCCACGAGCCGCCGCAAAGCACCGUGACGGAGCCGGGGCAGCCACCGAGGGAGAGGACAGGGGAGAACAGUGACGCCUGCUACUUCUGCGGCCGCCGCGUCUACAUCCUGGAGCGAGCCAGCGCCGAGGGACGCUUCUUCCACCGCGGCUGCUUCCAGUGCCGGCGCUGCGGGGCCACCCUGCGCCUGGGCGACUACGCCUUCGACGAGGAGGAUGGUCAUUUUUACUGCUCGCUGCACUACCCCAAUGCUCCCAGCACAGACCUGCCCCGGGAUGAGGCUCCAGCGCUGCUCGAUGGGGAUGCUGGUGCUGCUGCCCACCCACUCCCAGAUGCUGGAAGCCCACGUGUGCCCCCCAUGGAGUGGACAUCCAGUCCAGUUCAGCCCACUCCAGCAGCCCCGCAGGCAGGGGAAGAGCCUGGGGAAGUUGAGGACACUGCAGAUGCUGGUGACACGGAGGAGCAGGAGCCGCUGGCACAGCCUGGGGGGGAUGUGGAGGUUCCCAGAGCGGAGCCCCAGGGGACAGCAGAGGAGGGUGAGGAGAGUGGGGGCAGGAGGAAGAUUGUCCUUACACCACUGGAGAGGCUCAAUCUGUCCACGCUGAACCUCACCAGUGAAGCAGAGCCCGAGCCUCCACUGAAGCCAGCUCGUCUGCGGCUCCACGCAGCACCUGAGGCCCUCCCUGCCCCGUGGCAGGGACAAGGCGCCUGCAAGGAGGAGGAGGAGAAAAUUGACAUGGAGAAAGAUUUGGAAGAGAGUGACAGCGAGGAGGAGGAGGAGGAAGAGGAGAAAGAGGAGGAUGAAGGCACAGGCCUUGGCAUCAUGAAAGAGUUGUACCCAGACCCCAGGGAAGAGGAGAAAUACCCCACCUGGAAGCGCACAUUGGCCCGCCGGGCCAGGGAGUCCCAGAUGAAGAGGUUCUGCAGAGCCCAGGCCAUCCAGAGACGGCUGGAGGAGAUCGAGGUGACAUUCCGGGAACUGGAGCAGCAGGGCAUCAAGCUGGAGAAGUUACUCCGGGAUAAGAAUAAGAGCCCAGCUGAGCAGCAGACACAGUGGACAAACCAGCUGCUCUACCUGGUCCAGAAGAAGAACAAUCUGGUGACCGAGGAGUCGGACCUCAUGAUCGCGGUGCAGGAGCUGAAGCUGGAGGAGCAGCAGUGUCAGCUCGACGAGACGCUGCGGAGUUACAUGAACAAGGAGGAUGCCCUGAAGACAGCUGAGGAUGAGAAGGCUGAGCAGGAGAUCCUGAAGCAGCUGGUGGAGGUGGUGAAUAAGCGGAACAUCCUCAUCCAAAUGCAGGAGGAGAAGCGGCUCAGUGAGCUGCGGGCUUGACCCGCAUGGCUCCCGGAGCCACGGGGCACAAGCAGAGUGUGUGUGUGUGUGUGAGUCCUGGCCUGAGCAUCACUCUGAGCUACCUCUGGAGGUGGCCAUGCCCCAGCACCCGCAGGCUGCCGCAGCAAAUCCAGCUCCCUGCUUGCCAAAGCCUGUCACGGAGGGGCCAGACCCGCUGGUGGAUGCCCACACGGGGAGACAGCGAGAAGCACUCAGCUUUGGGGUGCUGAGAGGCAUUCCUGUGCGUGGCUGGAUUGCCUUUGCCGUGUGCUUGCUGGAAAACAAGACUCGCAGGGACUGCCAGAGGGGGCUGCGGUGGCUCCCAGCAGCAAGGAGGUGACUGGCGCAGGGCAGAUGCCAUCGUAUGGAGGGGCACCUUCAGGAAUGGUUCCUCAAAGCCACCCUGGGGCAUCCUUCCCAGCUGAGGGCAUCCAUCCCAGCCUGGACUGUCCAUCUCAAGGCACAUCUGGCUGUGCAGGCUGGAGCCAGUGACGGACUGGGCUGAUCCAGCUGCUCUGCACCACUGCUUUUGGAUGCCACGUCCCUGCUGUCCCCAGCUGCUGCAGGAAACCUGGCUCAGAACCCUACCAUGAGUCCCUUGGGCCAGGGAAGGCCUUUUUGUCCAGAAGCUCCUAGGGGAAUUGUGCUCAGGACCAGCACUCUGACACCGAGGACAAGGGACACCAGCAGCUGUGCCCUCCUUGCGCCUUUGGGAUUUCUUCUGCUUGGCAAUGCCACGCUGGCCUUUGCACAGACCUCAGACACCCCUGGAGUCCCUGGCUGUUGCAGGGUGGCCUGUGUAGCCAAAUGGUGCUCAGGGCAUCCCAGAUGUGCUGGGAUGGGGGUCCCAGGUGUAGGUUCCUCUCUUAGCUCAGCCCUCAUCCUGCCGUUCCCCUCAGCGCCUCCUCCAGCCCUCCCUGUUUGUACCAGCCCUACAAUCCUGCUGCAAACCCCCUCCUUUCAAAUAAAGCCCCCCCGACCCAGUGCCAAAGGUUAAAA